GGCCAUGGCCAUGGCGGCCGAGGCCCUGGCCAGCGGGUCCCCCUUCGGCCCAGCACUCGAGCUGCUACCGGGACUGCCCGCGUCGGCCCGGGCGCGCCCGGAGUCAGUGACCUUCGAGGAUGUGGCCGUCUACUUCUCUGAGAACGAAUGGACCGGCCUGGCCCCUGCUCAGAGGGUCCUGUACAGGGACGUGAUGCUGGAGAAUUAUGGGGCUGUGGCUUCCCUGGCAUUUCCAUUUCCCAAACCGGCUCUGAUUUCCCAGCUGGAGCGAGGGGAAGCGCCCUGGUGCAGGGCUCCUCGGGGAGGUCUGGAUGGAGAGCGCCCUCGGGGCCUCUCCUCAGGAUAUCAGUUUCUAAAGCCUGCUGGGAUCUCCCAUCUUGAGCAGGUGGAAGAGCCAUUGAAACUGAAACUGCAAGGAGAGGGUCCAAGCCUAAUCUGUACUGAGGGUGUGUUGAAGAGUGAGGAAGAAGAUUUUAUUCUGAAGGAGGAAAGUUUUGAGGAGGCAGAGGACCACACGGUGCUAUCAAGUGGACCCCGGUGGUGCGGCUCCCUGGGAUUCUGGUUUGGGAAAACCUGUGAGAAGAGGAAAAGCAGGUUAGGGAGGUGGCGUGACUACUCCAGUGGGAAAAGUGCGGAGAACACUGCAGAUGAUAUUAUAGAAGUGAUUGUCGACGAUGAGAUGCUCUCAGGAGAAGACGGUUCAGAGAGUACUGAUGUUAACACCCACCUUGUUGUACAUGAGAAAACCCUCAGUGAGCAGGUGAGCUGUAUUUGCGAUGAAUGCGGCAAGUGUUUUGAUCAAAAUGAAGACUUUGACCAACAUCAGAGAAUUCAUAAUGGAGAGAAGAUCUAUGGUUGCAAAGAAUGUGGGAAGACUUUCAGUUUUAGAUCGCAUUGCAUUGCACAUCAGAGAAUUCACACUGGGGUGAAACCCUAUGUCUGUCAAGAAUGUGCUAAAGCCUUUGUUUGGAAGUCAAACCUGAUUCGGCACCAGAGAAUACAUACUGGAGAGAAACCCUUUGAAUGUAAGGAAUGUGGGAAGGGCUUUAGUCAGAACACAAGCCUUACACAACAUCAGCGAAUCCAUACUGGAGAAAAACCAUAUACAUGUAGGGAAUGUGGGAAAAGCUUUACUCGGAACCCAGCCCUGCUUCGACAUCAGAGAAUCCACACCGGGGAGAAGCCGUAUGAAUGUAAGGACUGUGGGAAAGGCUUCAUGUGGAACUCAGAUCUUGCUCAGCACCAGAGGGUCCACACGGGGGAGAAGCCCCAUGAAUGUACUGACUGUGGGAAGAGCUUCAUUUGCAAGGCACACCUUAUCCGACAUCAGAGAAUCCAUACCGGGGAAAGACCCUAUAAAUGUAAUGACUGUGGGAAGGCCUUCAGUCAGAAUUCUGUUUUGAUUAAGCACCAGAGACACCAUGGUAGAGAGAAACCCUGUAAUUAUCAGACCUCUCACCUUCUUGAACAUUAGAGAAGGCAUAAGGGUGAUACUUGUUUAUAAUUCUUACACUACAGGAACCCCAGAGACAAAACAGGGUGACUGUCCACAGUCUGUUAUACCUCUCAUACCAGUAUUAUCUUGCCCCUUCUGAACAGGUACCCUGUCGUCUAGCAAGAUGGUCCCACUGUUCAACCAUGUUCAUGCUAGGCAGCUUUUAACUGAGCAUCUACUCUGUCAGGCACUGUGCCAACCACUUUACACACAUUCUUUAGUUUUCCUCAAUCCUGUUAAGGUAGGUACUUAUCCUCAUUUUACAGAUGAGAAAUCUGAGGCUGAAAGAAGUUAUAAAACUCAUUCAAGGUCACGCAGCUAAUAUUUUACAGAAUAGAGAUUGGAAUCAGGCCUGACUCCAGAGUCUACUGUUCUUUAUUUGUACGCAUUUCUCCUGCUCAUUUCUAUUUGCUCAAGUUUCCCUGGGCUACAAAUUUCCCUUCCUCAUCUAGGACCCAGCUCCUUCAACUGAACAGACCCUCUUCCUCUUCUGCUUGUAAUCAAUACUGUCCAAAUUGGUAUUUAGCGAUGUGCUGUCAUAUUUUUCUAAUGUCUCAAGUGUGUGAGUCCAGAUAAAUGGCUCUUUGAGGACCAACACUGUAUUUUUUAUGUUUUUCAAAAUUUGAAACUUAUUUUUGACUAGAUAUAUGACAUGUUCAUGAUAAAAAAAAAUGUUGAAAUAGUUCAAAAAGGUGUUCAGUGAAAAGUAAAUCUUGUCACUCCUGUCUCCCAGUCUCCCUCCUCAGAGACCAUCACUAUUACUGGCUUUAUGUCUUCCUGGACACACUCUCUCUAUACACAAGUACUUAUUCAUACUGCUUUCAAAAGUCUCCCUCACUGAUCACCAUUAGAUGUAGAUGAUAGUGCAGUUACAUUGCCAACUCCAGAACUUUCUCUUCCAUAGUGGUUGUGGUCUACUUUGAGACCACCAAGAUGACUUAAGAAAGGUAGCUGAGGGUAGUCUGGGUUGUGCAGUGUGGGAGACCUGAUUGCCCUUGUGUUUUAAGAUAGUAAUCUGGGACCGGGAAAAUGUAACCUAGGUGGGAGAUUUUUGUUUCCAUAAAAAUGUAUAUAUAACCCCUCUCAUUGCUGCACUAUCCCAAACCCCCUUCUAGUCUGCCCCUUCUCAUCACCAUGAUAGCCCACAUCCCAGAGUACAUUCUAGACUUCUCCUUUAGAGCCAUUUUCAGAUUGCAGUUUGCCUCUCUGCUAAUUAGGCAUUCCACUUUAGAAGGUAAUAUAAUUGUUGACUAAAGAGCAAGGAAGAGAAGCCAGAGGCUGGCUUGGACUAAAGUUCUGGUUCCUGGAAAUUACCAACAUUAACUCUAGAGCCCCUAAUUGCUGAAGUAGUGAGAAUUUGGCUUAGCAUAGUCUAGUUAGGUUACCUCUACUAAGUAGUAAAACUUUUUGUUUUCUUUUUUUUCCUUUGUACUAAACAGAACCAGGAAAUGGAAAUGAGUGAUAUGAACAGGUGUUUGGGGGAAGUUUAUUAAGCAAAUAAUCACUGAGUACCUGCUUGUAUCAAAGCACUAUGCUUCAUGUUGCAUAAACAGUGGUAAGUCCAUUCCUGCCUUUCUGGAACAUUGAUGAGAGAGACCAAACAACCAAAAAAUAAAGUAAUUUAUUAAAAAUGCUAA